AUGACAGAAGCAGCAGAUGCAGCAGCAGAUAAAACUGCCGUAACAGCGAAAGCAGCAGCAGCAGCAGCAGCAAGAAAAGCAACAGCAGCAUCAGUAGCAGCAAAAACAGCAGCAGUAACAAGAACAGCAGCAGCAGCACCAGCAGCAGCACCAGCAGCAGCACCAGCAGCAGUAACAAGAGCAGCAAGCAGCAGCAGCAGCAGCAACAAGAGCACCAGCAGCACCAGCAGCAGCAGCAGCAACAACAACAAGAGCAGCAGCAGCAGCAACAGAAGCAGCAGCAGCAACAGCAGCAGCAGCAACAAGAGCAGCAGCAGCAGCAGCAGCAGCAGCAGCAGCAGCAGCAUACUGAAAUCGAAAGCAGCUUGCUCAGCAGAGAUAAUCCUGGAAGCCAUCCGAUAA